ACUCUUAUAUUGUCUGAACUUGAGCCAGCUACAUUAGCUAAUACAGUUGUUCUAGUCCUGACUUGUUUUAGCUUCUCCAGAUCCAAAGGAAACCAGUGAGACCAAUAUGAAAAUGGAUACAAUGGAAUUUGAUGAUUACUCCAACAUUGCUUAUCAGGGAGGAAAGAAGCAACCAUCUCGGUGUGUAGCUCUGUGUCUUGGACUACUUUGUGCUCUUCUGCUGACUACCAACAUUUUACAGAUCAUCUACAUUACUCAGGCCUGCCAUCCCAUGUCAGCAGACCCAACUCAGGUCAACUACGAACAGGACCAGCUGGACAGAGGCUGUGAGUCCAGACUCGGUAACCUGUCAACAGGAAAAGAGGCACUGAAGAAACUUGGAGAGAUACAGACUCAGUACUUUAAUCUGACAUCAAAAAACCGAGAGUUAGUCCAGCAGGUCAGGGAGUUGGUGGAGAUCAUUGAUAAGGAGAAAAACAAACUUUGUCCGUCAGGCUGGAAGAGGUUUGGUACAGGCUGUUACUCUGUUUUGAGUGUGAAGAAAAACUGGACUUCAAGUAGACGAGACUGCCUCAACCAGGGAGCUGAUCUGACCAUCAUAAACAGCAGCCAGGAACAGAUGUUCGUCAACACGCUGCUGCAAACUGGCGUGAAUGCCUGGAUCGGUCUGACCGACAGUCUUACAGAGGGCACUUGGACGUGGGUGGAUGGGAGCCUGGUCACAGUGUCGUACUGGCAGGAAGGGCAACCCAACAGCCACGAAGGGGAGCAGGAUUGUGGAGAAAUUGUGCAGUCAGGAGAAGUGGGAGGAUGGAACGAUGAUGGCUGUUUUGCUGAAAAUGUUGGGAUCUGUGAAAAAUAAGAUUUUUGUCAUUCACCCUUAAUUAUUCUGUGAAUGCAUAUCUUAAUUGCUGUAUUAACUUUUAUUAAACCUUAUUAAGAACAUGUGCAAAACUCAAAAGUCAUGUCAUGUCCUGCCAGGGCUCAGAAUGUAAUUCUUCAUUAAAAUAAUUUCACUUGGGGGUGCAGGUGGCCAAGUGGUUAAGGCACGCCCCAUGUACAUGGGCAGCCCAGGUUCGAGUCCAGCCUGAGGCCCUUUACCUCAUGUCUCUCCCCUUCUCUUGUCCCUGUUUCUGACUUUAUCUGUUGUCCCCCUCUAUCAAAUAAAGAUACAAAAAAUGGCUAAAAUAAACCUUUAAAAAAUGAAAAAAAAGUCACUUGGACCCAUUUUGUAAAACCAUUAGAGUCCAUCAUUUUUAUUUCAUUUUUUCACAUAAAAGGGGUAUAUUUCACGAUUUCCAUUCCACUAUUUUAGGCUGAAUCUCUCCUUCUGAGUGAAUUAAACCCACGUUGUAUAGAUGUAGAAAUGUCCUUCUAAAAAGACACACCUUCAUCUUUUGCACAAAACUGAAUGGCAUUGGCAGUGACUGUUUGCCAAAUUUUGAUGCCUUGCCAUUAAACAGGAAGUGUACUAUUACUAAAACAUUCAGGGUCCAAAAUGCUUCAAAGUGUACUUGCUUGAUUAAAGAUGACUUCAGAAAAUA